CUUUUCUUAUUCAAUUGCUGACGACACAAAUCAAAAAUCCCAAACUCUCUCUCUCUCUCUCUCUCCCCCAAAAUUCUAGGGUUUCGUAAACGCUACCCCUGAGGUCCCAAUUAUAUAUAUAAAACCCUAAUUAUUCUCGAUUUUGGGUGUCUAGGGUUCCGAUUUGCCCGAGGUUUUCUUCAAUUGGUGUUUGUUUGCCGAGAAAGUUUGCGUUUUUAGGGCUUUUUUUUCCUGGUUCGGAUUGACUGAGAUUGAUUUAUUAUUCUGUGUUUUUGGUUGUGGAUUUUUAAAAUUGGCGUUUGGCGGCGGAGGGAGUUUGGGUUUUGGGGGCUUGAUUGAGUGGAAUUGUUGUCUUUGGAUUGGCGUUUGGUUCUCGAGAUAGUUUGGGGGUUUAGGGUUUUGAUUUUUUUUUUAGGGGUGAAUUGAUGGCUUCGGCGGGUGAAGAUGACUUGGAGUAUGAGAGCGAUCCAGAGGAUGUGAAGCGAUCGUUGUCGAUGCGGAGGAGAGAAGCGAGUGAUGAUGAGGAAGCUGAAGAAGAGGGGAGAGAGAAGACGAGGGUGGAUCCGAGGGUUGUGAUUCAUUCCGAUGAAUCGGACGGUCAGGGCGGGGUUGCGGAGUAUGAUGACGACGAAGAAGAAUUGGACGAAGAAGAGUUAUUAGAGGAAGAGGAAUUAGUGGAAGAGGAAGAUGAAGGACUUGUUGAGGAAGAAGAAGUGGGGGUGUAUGAGGAAAGAGUUAGCGGUGGUGGUGAAGGAGAUGCACGUGUUGGGGUUGAGAAUUCGGCGGUUGCUGUGGUGAAUCAAAGCAAAGUGCACGGUGAGGAAAGGCGGGCAGUGGAUGAAUCGGCAGAGGGGCAAGCGGAGGGUCAGGAUGGGGAGGAAGAUGAGGAGGAAGAGGUAGAGGAGAAGAAGGAGAAUGAGCCCUUUGCGGUACCCACUGCCGGAGCUUUCUAUAUGCAUGAUGAUCGAUUUAGGGACAAUGCUGGUGGUCGACCCAGGCGGACGCAUGGUGGAAGGAGGCUGUGGGAGUCCAAAGAUGAUCGUAAAUGGGGGCAUGACAAGUUUGAGGAGAUGAAUUUGCAGGAAAGGCAUUAUGACGAGGGUCGGAGAAAUUCCAAGGCUCAUUAUCGAGGCCGUGGUAAAAGUCGAGGUACUGAUCGAGGGUAUCCAAGAGGGAAUAGGUCUAAAGCAUUUAACAAUAAUAAUCAGAGCCAAGCACCUAAGGGUGUGAGGGGGAGAGGGCCUAGACGCUAUGAACCUACCUAUAGAAACAGAAGUCAGGCACCUCAAACUGAAAACAGACAGUCUGGGAAGCCUCUUGAGAGAACUUCCCAUGCUAACUCUGGGAGAGCUUUCACAUCCACCUCAAAUGUGGAAUCUGAUCCUGUUCCUGAGAGGAGACAAGUGUUCUCAAGCUUGAACUCUGCUUCUCCUCCAUUUUACCCUUCAGGCUCUUCCAAUAAAGACAUCGCACUGACGCAGAAAAGGGAUGUUCAAGCAGGUAGUUCCUACAGAGGUCUUCACCCAGCUGUGAUGGAUGACAGUUCUUCUGUCCAACAAACCAAUUCAUUGCUGCGGGGGAAGAAUAUAGCUGAAUCUGUUGGCAUGGACAAGCUUUACAUUGAUGAUUCCAUCAACACUGGUGCUGGGAAGCCUUUGUCUAAUAUGCAAAUGCCACUUUCUGGAUCGUCAUUAGUCAAUACUACACAAUCUCCUCCAAUCAGGGCUCAGGGAAGGGGUUUAUCUAUCCCAGGACAAAUGAAUUAUCAACCGGGCCCGCCUCAUAAUCAAGUCAAUAGAGUUUUUUCUUCAACACAACUCCAUUCUGUUCAGAAAGGUCCUGCUCAAAGUAGAGGUCAUCCUCCUGCACAGCAGUCAAGCCAGCGGCCUGGUAGUGGUUCUCAAUCUUCCUCCCCACCAAAAACAGCUCUUUCAAUAAAUUCUAACGAAUCUGGAGAAGCCGAAUCUCCUUCAGAGUCAAAUAAAUCUAAAAGUGCAUUGGUUGGAAAGGGAAAAGCCAAUACACAAGGUGCUGGAAGGGGAUCUUUUAUGUAUGGUGGGGUUCAGGUUAUGGGAGCUACUGGGAACAUGACAGUUGGUCAUGGAGAUCAAAACUUCCCUGGAACUCCAGCCUUUUUGCCAGUAAUGCAAUUUGGAGGCCAGCAUCCUGGUGGUGUUGGAGUUCCUGCUGUUGGCAUGGCGUUCCCUGGUUAUGUUGCUCAACCACAACUUGGUUUGGGAAAUUCUGAGAUGACAUGGCUACCAGUUUUGGCAGGUGCAGCAGGAGCUUUGGGGGCUACAUACUGUUCACCAUAUAUUGUUGACGGUGCUUAUCAUGCUCGCCCUUCAGGGCAGACAUCUUCCGUGGGUGCCUCAAGCAAAGAAAAUAAUUUGAACAAGCCCAAUAAUGAAUGGAAGCCUUCACAGAGGCCUGAACUUGUAAGCGAUGAAUUUGGGCAGCGACAAAAUAAGCCCCGCAGAUAUUCAGAGAUGAACUUUGGAAAGUGAAGUACUUAGAUAUGGAUCCUGUUCUAAUAAGCAGAUAAAGGUUUAAUACCGCCCAAUUAAACUUUUGUGUUGUCUGGGUGUCACAAAAUUCUGAGUUGUGAUUGCUUGGUGCUGCAGGCCUUCCUCCAGGCCCUUUGUGAUCUCCAGCCUUUGUUCUGGAGCACUUUGGGCCGCAAUAGGUUUCAUGAUAUUUUAGUUAUAUAUGACAAACACCUGCUCAUGCUGCACUAAAUAAUUUAAAAACAAUAUUGUGGCUUGACGGGUGGCAGUUCCUUUUUAAACUUGCGGUUUUCUUGUGGUUUGGGUUUUUUAUUGAAGCUUGUGAGAAAUGUAAGCCAGCUUCCAAAACUAUAAAGAAAAGGGAAAAAGAACAACAUUUAUUGUGCAGCAGCUGUUUGCUUGGUGGAGUUGAAUUCUUCUAUUUAUUUAUAUAAAUGGUUUGGGGUUUUUAUUAUUUUUUUCCUGACAAUAACAAGUUAAGUUUAUUGAGAGACCCUUUCCAUGUAUGGGAUUUUUCUGGAGUUGACUAUGCUGUGGGGAUCUUGCGGUUAGAGUUUUAGUUGAUCAUGGGACUUUCAUAAUAGUAUUUGGUGUAAUGAAAGGGUACUUGAUGUUUUAGUGAGCUAUUAUCUGUGAUUACUGAUGUUUUUCUAGGUAAUGCAACGCUUGGCAAUAAUUAUUCUG